AUGGCUUGCUAUUCUCCUCGGACAGCCGCCGUGGUCGCGCUGCUGCUGCACGCGGCGUGCGUCGCAUCGCCGCAUCGCCUCGUGGUGGGCCAUGUGUGGCGGCUGCCCUCCAAUGCGGAGAAUAUCCGCCGCGAGAUGGCCGUCAAGGCGCCUGCCACAUGCCCCGCUGGAGUGGUGUGCCCAACGGGAGCAUACUGUGUGGUGGACAGCGGCGGCUUGCCCUUCUGCAAGUGCCUCACGGGGCAGGGCAUCGUCAACGGCGCGUGCAUGGGCGGCAUGAGCUGGAAGACGGUGGGUACGAGUGUGGUGCUCUACAACGCGCCCUCCUUCGCCACCUCGCCCGCCACGCUCGCUCCCGCUGUGCUGCGCGCGCCAGCGCCCAACUCAUCGGCCUGCGCGGUGGUGCCAAAGGGGUUCAACGGCACGGUGGGGUCGCUGCGGAUUAUGUGGAACGUGAAUGACGGCGCGGGUGAGCACCUGGUGUGCGGCAAGGUGGUGUUUUGGGAUAGGAACGACUGCUCCGGUUCCUCAGCGGUGUAUGAGAUUCCUGGCAAGUGGACGGCGGCGAGUCCCACCAAGUUCAACUACGCCACCACCAGCGUCAAGAAGGCAGUGGGCGUGGUGGCGACGGGCAGGUCUUUCUCUUGCCUGGCAGCUGUGAAGCCGCCCGUCACGGACCUCUGUGCCACGGCGGCUUGCCCGCCCAACUCCAAGUGCGUGCUCACGAACAGCUCCUUCGCUCAGUGCGUGUGCAAGUUUGGCACCACCAUGGUUCCCGAGGGCUACUGCGUUGAUUCGUGCGCCGUGAAGCAGUGUGGCACGGGUGGCAAUUGCGUGAUUCUAUCGAACGGCCAGCCGUACUGUGAUUGCAAGGAUGGCUACGAGCAGGAGUUUGUAACUGGCUCAUGCAUUGGAGAAGGGCAGUGCAGGGAGUGCAAGCAGGACACCUUUGGCUUGUUUGACAUACCAUACGCUUACUGCCCGCCGGGCUACAACAUGCACUCUGGUGCCUGCCUGCCAGGAGUCCUGCCUGACGUGGCAGACAUCUCCAUCAGCAUAUACAGCGUGCCUGCCUUGGGCAGCAGCGGCACGGCUCCUCCCUACAUCUUCUGA